UCUACAUGGACGUCAUGUACACGACGGUGGUACAAGCACAACACGUAUAGUCUCUAAUGCUAAACAGCAGUGUCGACGCUAUCGUUUCCUAUACAUAAAAAUCGUUUUCUGUAUGCUUUUUUCUCAUAUUGAUCCGUGUAAAAAGGCUCGUUGACGUAUAUUAAUACUUAAUAUAGGCAUGUUUAGCUGUAUGUUCGCACCGUGUAAGCCGACCUAGUGGGUGCAAAUCCUUCAGCUGCUCACGGCUUUUUCCUUGUCAUUUGGCGUUCAUUGGUAAUUCAGUUGCGGUUCCACCACUGGUUAUGAUCUGAACGGGUCAGUCAAGAUGGCUUCCGAUCACGUCUUUAAAGUCCUGUUCUUCAUUCAGUCUGCGGCCUUCACACUAUUCAUCAUCAAUUACUCUCACAUAUCCACCGUUGUGCUUAAACCUGUCGGGAAGUUGAGUGCUGAAAAACAAUGUGAUUGCGAACCAACCGGCACAAGAGAAGUAUUUAACAAAUCGGCUUUUGUUCGCCAGAAUGGGGAACUGCUAAUGCCGAUCCGUGGACAACUGUCCAAUUGCACAUUGGCUGACAUCAAGAAGAGACCCGGCGUGGUUAUGCUGACUACGGCAAAUCUCGCCUUCGUGGAUAUCGCGCUGAACAUGCUAGAGAGUGUCAAGAGGAUUGGAGUUUGCGUCAACACCACAGUCAUCGCAGAGGAUCAGAAGGCUUACGAUCUGUUGCUCAAGUAUGCCAAGGGUGACCCUGCAAUUUAUGUUCAGAAAACCAACUCGGGGGAAAUGGAUGAAAUAGAGCCCUCUCGUCGUCAUGGCAGUCACUACUACGGGAUUAUGAACAAACGCCAGGCCUACAUUUUGACUUUAUUAGAGCAAGGCCUGGAGGUUCUGUUUUCCGACUCGGACACGUUUUGGUUUCGGGACCCCUUUCCAUACUUUCAGGGAGACUUUGACAUAAGUAUCAGAAGCUUCUCUAAAACAAGGAUAAUUAGCAAAACGCAUUUCUGCUCUGGCUUCAUUUACCUGAAACCGACCAAUGCGACCAUCCAGUUCGUAAGGACGUGGGUCGAACUUAUGGAUAACAACAAGAAAAAGGGAGAAUUCCCGCCUGAUCAAAGAGUAAUGAACGGACUGUUAACGGCUGAUAAACCCGUACAUGUGAAUAUCACGAUACUAGACGAGGACCUGUUUCCAUGGGGAUCUACAUUUUUCGACCCAUCGUGGCAAAAGCAGAACCACUCCACAGUAGUCAUGCAUGCCGCUAAUAUACGCGGUCACCCAGCGAAACUGAGCAAAUUCAAGGAAUUUGGCAUGUGGCUUGUCAAUGUCACCACUUCAUCAAAGCGAUAAGUGAAAUCCAAAGUGAAUCUGACUGGAUUAAACUGUCGAUCCAUUUCGAAACUGGAACGGUUUUGAUGAGCGACUUCGAGUUCUUGUAAAAUUGUGAGGGACCAGUUGAGUGAGGUAUUGGAACGGGGAGGGGCAUCAUCUGAGUCUGUUGGCUUUGUUCAUGAUGUACACUGUAAACACGUUGGGCAAAGUGGGUUGAUAUGUAGACCAACGUUGAUCAACAUAUCAACAGGUUAAACUCUAGGGCGAAUUUUUCCCAAUUGUUGGAAAAUGUUUACCCAAAUUUAGUAAUUUCAAACCAAUGUUGGGUAAAAUUAUAUUGCCCAACAGUGUUUUACCCAUUAUUUUUUACAGUGUAUAACUUGUACGUGAACAUGGAUCGGACAUAAUAACCUGCAAUUUACGUCCUUUCCAGUAUUGUAGUUGAGACAGGAAAAAGACCAAUCAUUUUGGAGCAAGCACGCGACCAUUGACAAGACCAGCCACGAGUAACGGGGCACAAACAAUGACAAAGGAAUGCAUUUGUUGCAGUCCCAUGACUGGCGACAGAAACACAGGAAGUGAACCUGAAUUUAGUGAGAGUGUUUCAUUUCGUGUCAAUAGUCAGUUUGCUGUUACAAAUUUCGCAGUUAUUAGACACGAGGAUUGUAGGCCUCGGUGUUCCCAUGCAAAGACCCGUUCGCUAACAAAAUUCGAACAUGCGAAAGCGUGCGGUACAUGCAAGCUAUGCAUUAAGAAUGCAUGGAAAUAAGUACCUACCAGAUCAGUUCUUGCCGCGUGUUUUAACUUUUAAUUCUCGGUGAUAACGGAAGGUUUUCUAAGUGCAUGGAUGCAUUUACCUAUAGAGAACUUUGUAAAAUCGAACAUAGAGAACAUGCUUAGUUGCUACGACGUGAUCAUAUUUUCCUGGAGAGUUAAGUCACACGGGUUUUGCCUUUAUCACAAAAUAGUCUGCUUCGUGACUCAUUUGCACAGGCUUUCAGUUUUGUCAAUAUGAUGUCAGUUCUUCUUACUGGUAGUCCUGGGUUCCUUUAAGUGUUUGAUAGAAAUCAUUGUUUUUAAUAUAACUCAAUUAGGGAGGAUGCCAGUUUAGUGGUGUUUACAUUUCGCAAAGUAAAUUGUUAACCAAGAAUUUUAGAGGUUAUAGGAAGAGUAAGGGUCAGGAGCAGAACGAUAGUUAUUAUAAGAUGGAAUUUUGCGUCGGGGUGAUAUAAAUCAAAUUAGGUUUUGCCCUUCACCGACGUUU